AUGGGAACUGUUAGGGCUGUUAUAGCCUUAGCUGCAACACAUCAUUGGGAAAUCCAUCGGAUGGAUGUUUCAAUACUUUUCUUCAAGCUCAGCAAAUGUGAUCAUAAGAUGAUCCUGCAUACAAAGGAAAUCCUCCAGAACAAGUUCAAGAUCAAAGAUUUAGGAGACUUGAGAUAUUUUCUAGGGAUUGAGUUUGCCAGAAAUAACAAUGGAAUUUUGAUGCAUCAGAGGAAGUAUUGUCUUGAACUGAUUUCAGAUAUGGGAUUAUCUAGCUCAAAACCUGUUGGAGCUCCUAUUGAAUUAAAUCAGAAACUCACAACUGUAGAGUUUCACUUACACUUUCCACCUACUGAUGAAAAGGACAAGUUGCUGGAUGAUCCUAGUAAGUAUCAAAGGCUAGUAGGAAGAUUACUUUACUUAACAAUCACAAGGCCAGAUAUUGCAUUUGCAGUUCAAUUAUUAAGCCAGUUUAUGCACAGUCCAAAGACUUCUCAUAUGGAUGCAGCAAUGAGGGUGGUUAGAUAUGUUAAACAAUCAGCAGGACUUGAGACACUUAUGGCAGCUGAUAGUGUAAAUAAGUUGACUGCAUAUUAUGAUGCAGAUUGGGCAUCAUGUCCAAAUAAUAGAAAUUCAAUAACUGGUUACAUGGUUACAUAUGGGAACUCACUGAUCUCAUGGAAGUCUAAGAAAUAG